AUGGCCCAGCAAUUAUCUAGAUUCAAUCCAUCGCUUGCUAAAGUAGCCGAACCCUUGCGAGAUCUUUUGAAUUCUAAAUCAGCAUGGUUUUGGACUGAAAAUCAUACAAGAGCAUUCAAUGAGGUAAAAAACAUUUUAACCAAUUCACCUAUUUUGGCGCACUACGAUGUUAAAAAACCUAUAAAAGUAAGAACAGAUGGAAGUUUAUUAAAUGGACUUAGUGUAAUAGUUUACCAGAAUCAUAAUGGUAUAUACAAACCAACUAAUUGUGCAUCUAGGUUUCUUACGACAACUGAAAAAAAUUAUUAUCCGAUCGAAAUGAAAAUGUUAGCAGUAACAUGGGGGUGCACACGAAUGUCUAAAUAUUUGUAUGGUUUACCAAAUUUUAUAUUAGAAACAGAUCACAAAACAUUAAUUCCAAUAUUAAAUUAUCUUUCACUUAUUGAUAUGUCUCCAAGAAUUCAACGUUUAAGAAUGAAGUUAUUAAGAUUUUCAUUUACUGCAGAGCUUGUUGCUGGCAAGUCUAUUACUGAUGCAGAUGCAAUGUCUCGUGCACCUGUAUCUAAUCCUACAAAAAAAGAUGAGAUUGCAGAAAAUGAUCUGAAUGUAUAUGUUAAUUCUAUAAUAAAAAGUAUGCCUGCUACAGAGAGUCGUUUAGAAGAGAUUAAGCAAAAAACUGCGGAAGAGAAACUUUUAAACCAAUUGCAAGAAAGUAUAAUUUCUGGAUGGCCAAAUUCAAAAAAAUACUGUCCGGCAAAUAUCCAACCUUAUUGGGAUUUUAAAGAUGAAAUAGUUAAAAUUGAUGGACUCUUAUUAUAUCAGAAUAGAAUAAUAAUCCCAGUUAGUAUGCGGAGAAAAAUUCUUUCAAAAUUGCUCGAAGGUCAUUUGGGAAUGGAGAAAUGCAAACGUCGUGCACGUCAGAGUGUUUUUUGGCCAGGUUUAAACAACCAAAUUGAACAGUUAAUUAGAAAGUGCGAGUCGGCUAAUAAAAACGAUUUAAUUAUUGUCGCUUAUUAUAGCUUGUGGACUGAGGUGUUUCUGCUUCCAAAUACUGGAUCAGCAAAUGUUAUAAAAGCUUGCAAAGAAUCUUUUUCUAGAAAUGGUAUCCCUGAGGAAUUAGUGUCAGAUAAUGGUACACAAUAUAGUUCGAAAGUGUUUCGUCAAUUCUCUCAACAGUGGCAAUUUAAGCACAUAACAAGUAGUCCACACUAUGCAAAAUCAAAUGGUUUAGCAGAAGCAACUAUAAAGUCAGUAAAACUGUUGAUAAAGAAAUGUUAUAUGUCGAAUGAGGACAUUUAUAAAGGUAUCUUACUUUUAUGUAAUACUCCAAUAAAAUAUGGUUUAUCUCCAGCGGAACUAUUACAUGAACUUCAACUGAGAGAUAAUUUACUCAGGUUUCAAUCUCAAAAUAAGGAUCAGUCGAAAUAUUCAAGAGAAAUAGUCAAAGAGAGAGUUCAAUCUAAAAAAUACUAUGAUAAAAAUAUUGGUGCUUUUAAACCAUACGUCUAUAGACAAGGUCAAACUGUUGCAAUUCAAAACGAAGUAACUCGUGAAUGGAGUCUUAGAGGUAAAAUAAUGAAAUGUGUUGCCCCUAGAUCAUAUGAAGUAAAAUUAAAUCACAAUGGACAUAUCCUUUGCCGAAAUCAGAUUCAACUUAGAAAAGUUUACACUAUAUCGGCUCAAGGGGUGACUCGGGAUAAUGGGGCUAUAAUGCUCAGAUGA